UUAUUCCGAGAUAAGUCAACCGCAGGUUGGCUUAUCAUAGGAUAAGAUAAUGAGUGGCGAUUGAGUUCGAUUAGGCGCCUGUUCGUUCUCACCCUCGACGCUCACUGUCCGACCUCUUACAGCCUCAUCUUUUGUCGUGAUUUUCGGAUACAACCAUGCAGCUCCCUCUACGUAGUCGACCGACCUUACAGAAUCCUGACAGAGUGCAUAUAACGCACAGUAGUGUCGAAGCUCGGAACAUGUUCGCUUCUUGGGACAUAACGACGUGUCUAACAUUCAACAAAGAGAACAACGCAAAUAACAUCCGUCGCGACUUACAGCGAGCAGCGCAUCUCAGGGAUCCGGAGAACAUCAGGUCACCAUCGCCAGUCACUUCAGAACUCACCAUCCAGCUGGAGGAAUGGGAGAAGAUUCGUACAAACCCAAUUCGCUUUGACUCCUUGAAGCACCUGAUUCCGGAUUUCAUCCUGGAAUGGAUGGAGAGUCGGAAGAUUCAGGAGGUCAAAGAUAAGAGGGAGAGAGAGGAGGAUACUAGCAGAGAAGCUGAGGAGGAGAAGAAGAAGAAGAGAAGAUUGGCUGAACCUUUGGUCCCCGUGGUGAAGAAUCCGCUCGUUCCUUUCCAAGCAAGUUUCCACGAUGCAUUAUACGAAAUCGCACACGUCUCCCCAAUCCCUCUCCCUUUCUUCAGUAAUGAUGCUCUACAGUACAUUUCCGCCCGCGCCCACUCACUUCCGCAUAAAAAAUUCAAGUCAAAUGAUCCCAGGAAGAGUGGUUAUUUCAUCGACAUCGAAGCUCUGAAGAAAAUGCUCAGGAUCAAAUACGCAGAUGAUGAUCAACUGGAAGGCCUCGACUACAUUCUUUUCGUCGAGUGCGUCAACAACUACAUGAGAUUCGAGACGAGUCGCGACCCAGCAGGUCCAGCUGGUACACGAGCACAAUUCAUUAUCCAGCACUUCUCAUUCUUCCUUAACAAACGUUAUACAGCCAAACUCUACGCCUUCUGGAAGCCAGCGGAACUCCGAAUCAGAAACGAACAAUACCUUGAAUUCACAAGUUUUAUCCAGAGUGUGUAUGACUUGGAAUGGACUAAGGUAGAGGGUCAAGUUGAGUUUGAGGAUACUAUGGCAAAAGCUCGCGGCGGGUCAUUGUGGUAUUCCUACCCAUUCCAAUCCAACACGACCUCAGACAUAUCUCCUCCAUACCAGGGUUCUCCGAUCGGGGAUAUGCCACCACUGUCGGAAAACACCAUCACACCUGACCACACCAGUGUCACUAAUACCCAGGUAGUGAAUCAAGAUAUUGCCGAAUAAUAUCGCCGCAACGAUUUGCAAGACCGCCUUAUAUUAUUUUUGGACAUCGAGUUUUAUGCUCUGUCAUUAUAGGGUGUUAUGCCUAUUAUUAUUUUGGGUGUUAUGCCUGUUAUUAUUUUGGGUGUUAUGC